GGAAAUUUGAUUUUGUUGUUUUGAAUGUAGAUUCGAUAAAAUUGUGAUAAAGAAGAAAAACAAAUUUCACUAUGUCAUCAGUAUGCACCAAUGAACUCACACCUUCCGUUCCGUCUGAAGAUUCAGUACCAGUAACUGAGAUCAAAAAUUUGUUCUCAUUCAGCUCUAUACCUAAUUUUGAAGAUAUCCGUAGACUUCAGGCCAAGUUUUGUAGAGAAAGGAACUGGGAUCAAUUUCAUCAACCAAGAAAUUUACUAUUGGCACUUGUUGGAGAAGUUGGUGAACUAGCUGAACUGUUUCAAUGGAGAGGAGAAGUUCAAGAAGGCUUAUUUGAUUGGAAAGAUGAAGAUAAAGAACACCUUGCACAAGAAUUAAGUGAUGUUUUAAUAUACCUUUUGCGCCUGAGUGAAAAAUGUCAUAUUGAUCUACCAACAGCAGUACUUAAUAAAAUGAGACUUAAUGAAUUAAAAUACCCUAUUUCAAAAGUUUCCGGAUGCAGCAAAAAGUAUAAUGAGUACUCUGAUUGAAAGUUACUUUGUUUCGUUGUCAUUAUAGAAGCAUUUAUAUAAAACUGCUGCCUGUGUUUGCAAACUAUUUGUUGUAAAGUGUAUUUUUAAUAUGUGUCACAUUUAUGAUCAGUACUUCUGAAAUAAUAAAUCCUUUUUUUCUAUA